CGGCAGAGGCGAGCGGGGCUCCGGCACAGCAGCCAGCCCGGCCCCGGCGCUCAGCUGGGCUCCGGCUGCGAGAGCCCCGCGGCCGCAGCGAGCAGCUGACCCUUGGCCCAGCACAGCUCGGUGCCAUGGCAGACCCCGCUGGCUGCUGCCGCCCCUGUGCCACCUGCCUGCUCUGCCUCUACAGCUGCCAGUGGAUCACUGCCAAGAAAGAGAAGAGGAAGGGCCUGAGAACCACCAAGUGCGACUGCAGCUGGUUCCUCUUCCUCUUUGUCGUCUUCCUCUUCACACUGGUGUGGCUCUACUUCACAGUCAUCAUUCUGAACGAUUUCCACAACUUCAAUGAGUUCAUCUUCAAGCAGAGGAGGCUGUGGCUGGACUGGUCCCUGGUGCUGCUCAUAGCUACAGCUGUGCUCAUCACCUACUCGGCCACGCUGCUGGUCCUUGCUUUGUGCUUACAGCUCUGUGGCCAGCCCUUGAAGCUACACUGGCUGCACAAGACCCUGCUGAUCUUAACUGCCUUGGUGGUGGCUGCAGCCUUCACAGGGCUGGGAAUAAAGUGGGCAGAGGAGUGGAGAAGUGCAGGUGUCUCCUUGCAGGCCACAGGUCCCUUCCUGCACAUUGGAGCUGUGGGGGGAAUGACUCUCCUUGCGUGGCCCUUGGCCAGCUUCAUCUACCGCACCCGCAGCACAGGCCUCAAGGUGCUCCUGCUGCUGGUGUACUGCGCGCUGAUGAUCGCACUCUACCUGGCUCCCCUGGGGAUCACCUCCCCUUGCAUCAUGGAGGAGAGCCAGCUGCCCCCCAAGCCAGCCCUGGUUGGCCACCGAGGAGCACCCAUGCUGGCCCCUGAGAACACCCUCAUGUCCCUGCAGAAGGCUGUGGACUGUGAUGUGCAGGUCUUUGAGACAGACGUCAUGGUGAGUGCUGAUGGGGUCCCAUUCCUCAUGCAUGAUGAGGAACUCAUCAGGACCACCAACGUGCAGGCUGUGUUCCCAGAGAGGGCUGCCCUGAACAGCACUGCCUUCAACUGGACAGACCUCCAGCAGCUGGAUGCUGGCAGCUGGUUCCUGGAGCGGAGGCCGUUCCCCACCGUGCAGAGUCUGUCUGCCGGCGAUCGCCGGGAGGUGGCCAGGCAGCGGAUCCCCUCCCUGCAGCAGGCCCUGGAGGCAGCCAAGCAGAGCAACAUUUCCAUCAUGUUUGACCUCCGGCCUGAGAACCACAGCGACUACCAGAGCUUCGUCAAUGCCACCCUGGCAGCCAUCCUGCAGUCAGGCAUCCCACUGCAGCAGGUCCUCUGGCUGCCUGAUGGGUUCAGGGAGCAGGUCAGACAGCAAGCCCCAGGGCUUCAGCAAGUCUACGGCCGGAAGAGACUCCAGAAUGAGGAGGAGCCACUGCUGCACGUCAACCUGCCCUACCAGGACAUGAGCUCUGAGGAGAUCAGGCAGUACCGCCGGGACAACAUCUCUGUCAACCUGUACGUGGUGAACCAGCCCUGGCUCUUCUCUGUGCUGUGGUGCUCCGGGGUGAGCUCUGUCACAACCAACGCCUGCCAGGUGCUGAGGGAGAUGGAACGCCCCAUCUGGCUGCUGCCCAGCAGCACGUACCUCAUGAUCUGGAUUGUCACAGACUGUGUUUCUCUCCUUGCCAUCCUCUGGGCCUUCCUCUUGCUGAAGAAAUGCUCCCAGAGAAGACAGCCAGCAGGUGAGUGUGCAUGGAUGGGAGCUCCUCUCCCUGGGAGCCAGGCUGUGCCUGCCGGAGUGCUGGCCUUCAUGCAGCACGGAGCGCAGACUCCAGCGGGGCACCGCUGCCUCUUCCCUCGCUCCCUCGCUCCUGCUGCCCCGCACCGAGAGCCGCUCCCCACCGGGCCCGGGGCGGGCGGGAGUCGGCGGCGCGUCCAUGCCAUCUAG